AUGGAAGACGACGUAGGGCUGAAGAGAAGGGACACCAUCAAAGGCCCUCCCUUGAGGAUACUGUCUCUUGACGGUGGAGGUGUACGCGGUUACUCAAUGAUUAUUAUCCUUCAAGAGCUCAUGCACAAAACCUACGUCGAAAUCGAAGGCAGGGCACCGCGACGCGAUCAAAUCCCGAAACCAUGCGAUCAUUUCGACCUCAUUGUCGGCACUGGCACUGGCGGCCUCAUCGCCAUCAUGCUCGGUCGCCUCAGGCUAGACCUAGAGACCUGCAAGGAACUCUACGUUCGCAUGACCCGGAUGGUCUUUGAGACGGACAAGACGAUUGUGGGAAUACCCUAUCGAUCCACGCUCUUCAAGGCAUCCAUGCUUGAGCAGGCUAUCAAGGAGGCAGUCCGCGAGCAUACAGCCUCCGAGGCUGAGGGUAACGAUGGCACGAAUUCUACUGGUUCCGGCUAUCCGCUCUCUGCUUCGUCGAGAUCAAGCGUUUCGAGCAACCCCAGGAGGCAUGCCAGCAACGCCAGCGUUGUCAGCUUCAGCGCUCGCAGUCCCGCUGCACAGAUGGCCAGGCCCGCGCAUCGGGGGCUAUACGGAGAUCCCAACGCCAAACUUUACGACGAAAGAGAGUACAGGACGAAAACAGCGGUUACUGCAUAUUACAAGGGCACGCCCAGGAACGGAGAACCCGCCUUGCUUCGCUCCUACGACUCGAGAAAAGAACCCGCCCCAGAAUACGACUGCAAGGUCUGGGAGGCUGGACGUGCAACAUCUGCUAUCGGGCUCGCCUUCAAGCCAAUCAGGAUAGGGCAAUCAGUUUUCCACGACGACGGGUCCGGUUCCUUCAACCCAGCACCCACUGCUCUCGACGAAGCCACAGUCAACGAAUGGCCAGGCAGAGAAGUCGGAGUGUUUAUCAGCAUCGGUACCGGACGCAGACCCAAAGGCAGCGAAAGCAACUCGCAUUCCUGGUAUGAGGGCUUCAUGGGCGAUUAUGCCGAGGCCAGGAAGAAGCUCAUCGCCAAGAUCGAGAACUGUGAAGUCAUUCAUGAGCACAUGAAGACGGAGCUUCUGAUGAAGCGUGGAGUCAAUGCAGAGAAUUAUUACCGCCUGAACGUGGAGGUGGGUGUGGGCGAGUUUGGUAUGAACGAAUGGCACCGACUCUCGGAUAUCAGCCAGAAAACAAGGCAAUAUCUUUCGCGACACGAUGAGCAGAAAUUGGUCCAGGGAUCAUCGACCAAGCUGGCCAAGAUAUACCGGGCCAAGGAGAGAUGGACUAGAAUGAGCAAUGUGCCAGAGAUUAUAUCUCCGCCGCCAAAGACCGACUCUAUGCAAUUUCCUCUGGCUGUCGAGCUUCCCGGAGAUUUCCCGCCUCCUAGGCCGGUACAAACUCCUCCGAGCAGAGAUUCCUACGACUCGGGAAUCGACCGCCUUUCUCUGCCCGGCUCUGCGCCGGCUUUUACACCAUCUCCACGGAGCUCGCAAGACAAGACGCGCCCGCCAACGAGUCAUUCUUCUCCGCCCCAGCAGGCUGCAAGGUUGCAUCAUCCAGCAUCUCAAAGUCCGCUUGUGUCGGCCACGAAGCCUCCUGCCGAUGACCCAGAUAGGCUGAUUGUCAAUUCCCCAACACCUGCGCAGUACCGGAACGGCUCCGGGACAGACAAGAUCAUGAUCACAAGUCCGGAUGAGCAUCCCCGCAGACACCACACCAUGCCGGUGAGCCAAGGGUCUGUGGAGCAAAGUGCGCGCCUUGAAGGGCCUCCAAGACCACCAAAGACGCCAAUUCCGGAAGAGAUGAAGAGCUCAGUCGACCGACGCCCUUCAACGCUACCAUACCCUGACGAUGACGAACCCCCACCAACAGUCAACAUGGCCAAAAAGCCCAACUACCACCGGGUAAGGUGA